AUGGCAGUAGCAAUUGGCCACAACGAGAUAGUCCGAGAGCUUUUGAAAGUCAGUAAUGAAGUUUGCAAUAUCAAAGGAAUGAAUGGAAUGACUCCUCUUUAUUGUGCUUGCACCAAAGGGAGGGUUGAGACAAUUAGUCAUCUUCUUGCGGUUUCUUGUACCACUAUUUUAGAGGAAAACAAUAAACUAGAAAUACUAAACUUGAAGGAUGAGGAAGGAAAUGCCAUUCUUGACCUAGCUGCCGCUAGAAGAAAUCGUCAGAUGUUGGAAUUAUUAUUGAAGUGCAACAUUACAAAUCAUGAGGUGUUGCAAGUAAAUGGUAAGAGCCAGAGUGGCCUAACUAUAUUUGAUCUUCUACUUUUCCCAUGUGAAACUAGCUAUGGUGACAUUGAAAUGGUCCUCAUAUAUGCUGUUGCAGAGAGCUCUACAAGUUCCCACCAAGUUGAAAUUCAAGUUCUGGUCCAAUCUGAACAACCAGUACUUGAAAAUAAUAUGUCACCAACGCCAAGAAAUUUGUCUUGA